AUGUCAGACUACUACUGCCCAAGCAACAUAUUCAGAAACAAUGCAAUUGCCAUUCCAAAACGUAAUGAGCUCAGACUCAAAAAUAAAGUCACAAACAAAUACUCAUACACUAACAAUAGACAAAAACAACAGUUACGGAAAUGUUCAGAGGAUUUCAAUGACUACUACACCACAAAAAAAUUAUACUCAAACUAUUUCGAAGUCCCAAACUGCACAAACAACGAAACGUCUUUCUCUCAUUUAGACAUAGACCCAAACAAUAACAUUCUAAUUGCAAAUGAAAGCAAAUUGAAAUUACUUUCCUUCGAAGUGGAAUCGCAAUUUCAUUCAAAACUUCAUGGUAUACAGACUAUACAUUUACCAAAACCAAACUUAACCAGCUCCAUAUUUUUCAACAAGAAAGAAAAUAAUGAUACCCUUUCAAUCUUAUCUGGCCAUUCUAAUGGUGUAGUGAAUUUAAUUGAUACAUCCUUGGAGAGUGGCAAUGCACAGGUCAAAACAAGGUUCAACCAUAAAAAAUACUUGAAGUCGAUUCCUUCAUUGGUUACAUCAGGAUGUUUCCCAAUAAAAAAACUGGUGGCUCCAAAAAAUGAUAAUAUCUUCAUUUCACUAGCAAAUGAUUCACUGUUCAUAUACGAUUUAAAUGAAAAGUCAAAACCACUCUUCUUGAAAUUAUUUGCUGGAGUUGAAUCUCUAGCUUAUAACAACUCUUUGAACUUCACUAAUAACAAAUUAAUGGCUUUAUCGGGUUCAAAGUUUGGGAAAGCUGGUAUCUCUCUCUUGGAUCUAACGUCAAGCCAUAGUAACCCAACUAAUCUCAUCUCGAACCAAUACUAUCCAAUUACUAAUUCUUACUCAAGACCAGAAGUAUCCUACGACUGUCUUUGGAUUGAUGAUUUUCUCAUUGCUAAUACACUAGGUAACAAGGUGAAAGUUUGGGAUAUCAGAUCAACUGCAGGCGAGGCUCUGGUGACAAUAGAGUCCAAUAAAGGGUAUAUCGAAUCGUUGAUGUACAAUUCAACUUCCAAAUUACUAUUCACAAAUGACGAUCAAAAUACUGUUAUUUCAUGGGAUCUUAGAGAUUUAAAGAAGAUGAGAAGAGGUAUCCUAUCGCAAGGUUUCAAUUCGGUCAUGAACGAGUCUGGAACCAGUCAAGAAUCGAAUGGAACUUACUGCAUUGGUAAUAUUGUAGUAAAUGGGAACUCGACCAUCCAGCAAUCAAAUCAAAAAUCAAACAUAAACUCAAGCCUAAAAAUAAACUUACUCGACGACGGAAGUUUGGUUUCUUUGAGAAAUACGGAAUUAGGUUACCAUGCAAUUAAAACAGUUACCUGUUCAACAAACUUACAAUUAGUUGAUGAAGAACAAAAUAAAUAUACUUUCCAAGAGCAAGUUGAACGUAAAGAAGAAACAAAAGAUACAAAAUAUCCAAUUCAAAAUGAAGAUAUAUCCGAAGAAAAUCACUCAGACUCAACAUUAACUUCGAUUAUAGAGGAAGUUAGAAUUAAACCAUAUGUUCCUCCUUACACUAAAGAGUUCAAUUCAAAAAUAUAUAAUAAUCAUGAAUUGAAUAAUUCCACACUCACUUUGAUUGAUCAUAACAAUAAUGACACAAUCUUAGACAUCGAUGUUGAUAAAUAUUUUAAUACCCUUUCUAAAUCCAUCGAUGAAGGUUCACAAGAUGAUUCCUUUGGUCACAAGCACUCGACAAGCAUGUAUUCCUUGAAUCAACUAGCAAUUAGUGGUUCUACUAUUUAUAACUGA